GUUUCUCAUCUGAAUUUAUUUUUAACUCAUGUUCACUCAUGAAUUUUACCCAAGUCCGUUGAGCAAAAAUAUGCCAGUGCUAGCUCUGCAGAGCCAGCCGUGUCCUGCAGGUUGCAUUGAUCUGUAUCUGGGAAUGGUGAUGUCCCCUUGUGCAGGUGCCUCCCAAAAGACUGGGGGAAUAGGAGGAGAUGCAGGGUUUCCUACAGAAACGUGGGAGAUAUGACAAAUAUGAGACCUGCAUUCCCUUGCAGUUUGGGUCUGGACUGGUGUCUGACAUCUGAAUAGCUGCGAUAAAGGGAGUGCGCAGUAGAUCACCGUGUGUCUUUGCGAUUAACUUGGUUCUGACAUUCAGAGGUUCUCUGCUCUGCUCUGCUCUCCUCUCUCCUCUUGAGUGGAAAAGCGUCUCUUCUAACAGGAAAUUUUAUCUGCAAGAGGGAAGCUGGAUAUCGCUACCAGUGAGGUCUUCUGUCUGGUCUGAGGGCAGCCAAUGGGUGAGAUAAAAACAAGCUUAAAUACAGCCAUCAGUUGGCAAUAGAGAUGAGAAAAAAUGUGGGUUUUUUUUUCCUAGCAGAAAAUGAAAAAACAUUGAGAAAACAUUUUGUUUUGCGUUAUUUUACGCUUGAGAAAAACCUUAUUUCCUGAGGAAAAAAGCUAAAACUGAGACAUACAUAUAUUUAAACAAACUUUGAAAAUGUCAGGGGUUUUCUUUCUCCUCCUGAUAGGGCUAUUUGGACUAUUUUUGGUUAAGCUUAGCUUCAUUUUCUGUUCAAGGAAAAUGCUUUCGAGCAAAAAGCCCACCCAUAUUCUAUACAUGCCUUGUAUGUGUCUAUUAUGUGUAUCCAGCGUUGGACCUCAGUUACACAGUGCCAAACGGUGCCAAAACCGCCAGUGCCGAGGUUUCCAUUUUGAUUGGGCCUUUGGUGCAAACGCGAAGCAAGCGACCCCUCCGCUGAUUUACCGCCAGUGCCCUGCGGGUCAGGGUUCCCGCGGGGAGCCCGUGCUCGUGGCGGGCAGCACGGCCAGCUCUGGAAUUCGACUACGGCAAACAUAUAUAUAUAUCUAUAUCUGCCUGUGGGCCCCUCGGGCUGCUUCGCUUGGAGAGACGCAACUUGCAGAACAUCAGAGCGCCUUGCUCCGUCCUCGCUUCUCCCCGGGCCGUGGUCCAGCAGCCCUUGCACGUUUAUCUCGGUGGAAAGCUUUCUUACAAACUACCUCCGUGUAUUGUUCCUUUCCCAGGGAAGGACGAGCCAAGUGCCAGAAACCCAGUCCAGCCAAAAGCCAGAAGAGGAAGCUGCCUGAGGAAAAGGAGUCCGGUGCUGAGGAACGUGGUAAUAUUGACUUCGGGAAGGAUGAGAACGUGGAUGUCAAGGAAGAGAGCGACCCCGUGGUGGUCAGCAGCGGGUACCCCUUCUGGGCGGCGGAGCAGAGCGGCAGCCAUGCCUUUGCCGCGGCGUCGCCCGCGCCCGCCGAGCGGCAGGACGCCCCGGCCAGAGAGCAGCCGGCGCCCGCGCCGUCCUACCAGGCGUACCGCUUCCAUGAAGCGGGGGACGCCCAGCAGCUGCCCGCCGCCCGCGACGCCGCUGCCCUGGGUGACUUCCGGGCCAGGUGCCACCCCCUGGAUCUCGCCGCGGCGCCGGAGCACGACUCCAAGCAGCUCUCGGAGGGUUUCGCCAACCUGCCUCCGCUCCCGCCGCCUCUGCCGCCGCCCCAGGACUACGCCGGCGUGGUGAACAUGGCCAUAGACCCGGUCGGGAAGGCCGGGCCCCGGGCGCCCGUGUACAGCCCCUACGGCGCCGAGCAGGGCCUCGGCCAGUGGAUGGUGCCUUCCCACAGCCAGUACCGGGCAAUGAGCUACUCUGCCUUCUCCACGGAUUAUAACACGCAAGGAGCUUCGGGACAUGCCCAUGGGACCGUGGCGGAGUGGGGCCAGUACCCGCUGUUCCCGUACGCCUGCUGGUGAACCGGGAAGACCCUUCCCAGUGAAAAGACUGAAAGAAAACUGUAAAUGAGAUGAAAUUUGCUCUGGAGUGUUACCUUGCAGCCUUGUCUACACUGGGCGAAGAGGCAUCGCAGCAAACGGUCGCGCGGGACACCUCCGCUUCCUUGUCCCCUUGCCCAACAGCCCUCUCCGGUGUUUCACAAGCCGUGGCUGAGCCGGCGGCUGCACCGGCUGCGUCAGUGCAGCUCCGGCUGAAUCAACGCGUUGUGCAGCGCUUUCUUUCCAGCGGGAGUAGGAAACCACAAGAAUUGCAAGAGCAGUAGUUGAAGAGCUGCCGAACUCUCAGUGCCAGGCUGUGUUUCCAUCUUGCAUUUGGAAGUUUCCAAAACCCUUUCCUCCUGGGACACGCGUGCAAGGAGGCAGGGGCUGAGGAGUUUUAGGGAGCUUCCAGGUGGCCGUACCAACAGUUCGGUCAUGAAGCUGUAGAGAAAUCAUUGCAAGGGCAAGCAAAGCAAGCAAUCCUGGUGUCCCCUUGAGCAGCCUCCUCGCUUAGUGUAGUCAAAGUAAAGCUAGAGUCUCGCCUUCUUCCAGCAGCACGUGAUGGUGAAGGACGCAGCGGUGCACGUGUUUCUGGAGCGCCGCUGUGGGUCACGCGGGCAGGGGAGAGCCGGUCCCAAGCAGGAGAGCCGGCAGCAAGGCUCUGUGCUGCGUCCGUGUGUCCCUCAUGCCCGUCCCUCUUCUGUCACCCCUAGACUUGAGGUCAGUGAAAUUCCCGCUGGCCGUGGAGGGGUCGUUCCCAGAACUCAGGGCUGCUCUGGGGCCCGAAGGCCUGCGGUUGCCAGCGACGGAGCCAUGAACAGCAGUGUCACUGUGUCACUCUGACCUCUUCCUUGCCGGGGAAGGAAGUCUUUCACUGUGAACUUCCUUCUCCCCCCCCCACCCAACACCCCCGAGAACGUAAUUUAUAGUUGUCAUUAUUGUGCUACUCUGAAAAAGUGUUGUGAAAACGCAGUUCUGAGCAGCCUGGCAUUGCUCGUUGGGCAUUUGCUUUAAAAUAAUUACUAUCCUGCAGGCAGUGACCCGUGUGCCGCAUCGCCUGGCCAGCCGGGGUGCUCGGCACCCGCCGGGCUGGCGAGGGACGUCCCUCUGCUGCCGUCCCGGGGUCCGCAGGGACGCGCUUGGAUGCGGAGAGGCACCAGAGCAGCUUCCCCUCCGCUGCCGCCGGGAUCCGGCGCUCUGGAGGGCGACGAGCAGCCGCACGCCGCGUCGCAAGGAGGACGGUUUGAGUCUUCUCGCUGGAAGGGAGCAGCAUCCCCGCUGGCCCAAGCGACGGGCCGGCCGCGGCGAUGGAGUCCUGAAGGACAGACCUUUUCCUGGGCAUUAUUUAGGGUAUGUCUUCUUGUAACAGUAAAUAAACGGCUGUGGCACGUAGCCAUCAGGAGGCAG